AAACCCCACCGAAGAAGAAGGUGUAUUGUCAUACGGUCUAUCACAGACAUUGUCGAUGCAGGAAAGACAGGGGAGUCCAAGUUGGAGGUAAAAGUCCAGUUGAAAUGUGUGAUGAAACAGUUCGUGACACAGACUAUUAUCAAAAUCAACCAGUUGAUCUCCAAAGGUACUGCAGCUCUGCUUUCAAAGAUAUGCCAGAGUCAAAGUGAGAUUAAAUCACUGAAAAUGAAGCUAUUGGAGAUUACUGAUGGUAAGGAGAUACCUGAAAACACAGUGGAAGAGGAGGAAUGGACGGGAUUAUUAUAUUCACCGGAGUUUGCAGAGGAUUUUGAGGUUGACGUGCCAACUCCCAUUGGUGAGGCUGACAAGACUACAAAUUGCAAGGAGACCACAAUCAGUGUUAAAACUAUAGAGAUGAAACAAUGCUUUAUAUCUCUGGCAAAAUUACCUUCCUCACUCACUAAGUCUAACAAACAGGGGCCAAAUACAACCAAACAGGCAGCAAGUAGGCAUACAGACAGAGAGGCAGAAAGCAGGCCUACAGACAUUCAGGCCCUAAGUACAGAUGCCCAAAGUCUCAUUGGGGACUCUGUGCUAUCCACUAGACCCAGGAGGGAAAAGAAGAGAACAGAAGCACCCACGGUGGCAGAAUCAGACGGAAGUAAGGAGAACGCUGAUGAUGACCAAUGGGAGGAGGAGAAUGCUAAUGCCAGACAAACCUCGAGUGACGAAUCUCUUCACAACAGAAAGCAAAGGCCAAACAGGAAACAAAAUAAGACUACCAACACCAGGAAAGAGUACCUCUGUCCGGACUGCGGUAAGGUUUUUAAGAAAUUAUGUAAUUUUAAACAGCAUCAACAGACUCACACAGGACAGAGACCUUAUUGUUGUGAAUUAUGUGGGAAAUGUUUCCCGACUGCUUGGAAGCUCAGAAAUCACCAAUUAGUGGUCCACAGGGGAGAGAAGCCGCUAGAAUGCCCAAAAUGUGGGAAGUGCUUUGCAACAAAGAGUUAUUUGGACAAACAUGAAAGCGUUCAUUCAACAGAGAAACCGUUCCGAUGCCUCGUGUGUCAGAAGUGUUUUAAAAGUAAAAAUGGCCUCAAGGAACAUACAAUGUUGCACAAUUCUACUUCAAACUCAUAUGCUUGUGACAAAUGUCCAAAAACCUUCGUAAAGUUGAAAUACCUCAAGAAUCACCAGCUAACUCACAGAGGAGGAGGAGCUCACCGUUGUGAAUUGUGUGGAAAAGGUUUCAAGUCUCCUUCCGAACUCAAACAGCACCAAGCAUCAGUCCAUAGGGGAGAGAAGCCGUUCCAAUGUCCGACAUGUGGGAAGUGCUUCGCAAAAAAAGAAAAUUUGAAAAUUCACGCAAGUGUUCAUUCAGAAGAGAGAGCAUUCCAGUGCUCUCAGUGUCAGAUGUGUUUCAAAACCAAGUAUACGCUUAGCGACCAUAAGAAGACCCACGCGGACUCCAAGCCAUAUGCUUGCGACAAAUGCCCAAUGACCUUCAUUCGGUCGAGGUACCUCAAGAUGCAUCAAGCCUCGCACCUGACCAGCAAGCCGUUAGCGUGCAGCUACUGUGGGAAAGGCUUCAAAGGUGAACGUGAGCGCAAGAGACACGAACGCACACACACCGAAGAACCACCUUAUACCUGUGACGAAUGUGGCAAGGGUUUCUAUAAACAGGAAUCGUUAAAAGUCCAUGCAGCCUUGCACACCGGAGAGAAGCCGUUCGCCUGUGAUUACUGCGGUAAAACCUUUGCUCUGGCGUCCUACCUUAAAACCCAUAUAGCAAAAGUUCACUCUGUCACCGAACUCCACGUCUGUGGGAAAUGUGGCAAAAAAUAUAAGGAUAUCAUACAUUUCAGAAGCCAUAUGGUUCAGGGUUGUUGAGAGGAGGCUGCGGCAUUGGUUUGCUUGAAUUAAACAAUUGAUCUCUUUCUAAUAUUGGAGAGAAUCUAAUACCCCUUCCUAAACGAAGCCCCUGGGAGGACGCAGGUUAAAGGCACAACUUGUAGCUUUCAUUCUGACAAUGCUUUGAUAUUCAUUGUUAUUUUGGAAUUGUGAAUAAAGUUGUAACAUGUUCUUGUUAUACUACAAUCAUGCAUGUUUACUUUUUAAUCACUGUUAAACGUGGCUAUAUGAUAGAACAGAAUCAACAUACGUUUUGAAAUGAUUUUGAUAAAAUCAUACUUUGACCAUGUAAAAUAUAAGGCUAUAAUGAGUCACUCCAAACCAUGAAUAAUAGGGCCCAUUACCCAGUCACUACUCAACCACGACUCAGUCACUACUCAAACCCAUCAAGAAGUUUAUUUCACAAUAAUACAUUGAGCAGACAGACACCCUCCCUGAGUUGACACAUCUCCAAGUUUAGAAGUCAUGAAGGUCAUGCAGGGAUGGAUUUAGUGAUGUGAAACAUUCUGAAAGUUGCAGAUAGAAAUGGAAUGAAUAGAGCUCACACAAUUCUUUAUUCUGACAACUAAUCUACAUGAUAAAUUUUUUAAUCUGAACGUUCUGUAGCAACAUCCUUCUGAACAGGACCCAGUUGUGGCUACUGUAGCUCAUAGUAAGGGCCAGGAGUUUUCACAUGACCAUGUAACCUCAGAGGGGAUUUCCACAAGACGAUAAUUCGGAUAGCCACUCAUGUGGGUGCUAGCAAGCACGCUAGGUAGUGCUAGGUAUCAACAGCCAAUCCAGGAUGGGCUGGAAGCCAUAGUGAGCUUCGAUUUGUCAAUAGCUUCACGAUAUCGCAGAGUUUUUGCAUAAAGCUCAGCUUUCCCCAUCUUCGGACCCUCCAUGUUGAAGCUCCAUCGCCCAUACUGGCAUCGCCCAAUGGUUCUCCAUUGAAAAGGAAUGAUGCUCUGAUGUUUCAGCGUCCCCAACAUGUUAUGUGAAAAUGCAGUAUUUCUCUCUCACACUAUCCACUAGUGCACACCAGAGGUCGGUGUAUUCCAACCUCAUACAUUAUAGGUAUUACACUCACUCAGAGAUGAGUCAAUAUCACUAUGAGGUGCCUUUGGUGUCCUCAUCAGACUCACUCAGUCAUCAUGAAAAUGUAGCAGAAUAAUGAAAGUCUGAGGUCUUAUUAUAAGUGGCCAAACAUUUGCACACAUAUCAGUAGAAUGAUAAGUCUCUAAAAAAGUGUUUCCUUCAU